CCCUUUAGUAAAAAAAUUAGAUUGCUGACUUUAGAUGUCUUUCUUGAUUGCAGCCAGAAGUGAACUUGAACCAAAGUAUAGAUUUGAGAGAUGCCAAGAAGUGAAAGGAAUAUGUAAAACAUUUUGUGAUGACGUUGAAUAUGAUUACGGAUACUGCAUUAAAUGGAGAAUUCAGUGCUGCAUAUAA